AAGCUUGUUCCCUCUGAAAGCCAAACAGCAAUCAAUGGCGGGGCGAGGAGAGGAGUCCGAAGGCAGCGGGCACAUCGGCAGGUUGCCGGAGGACUGCAUCUCGCACGUGCUCUCCCUCACGACGCCUCGCGAUUCGUGCCGGGCGGCGCUCGUCUCUGCCGCCUUCCGCUCCGCGGCGAGUUCCGACGCUGUGUGGGAGCGGUUCCUGCCGUCCGAUUACCAGUCGAUCCUGUCGCGGGCCGUUGAUCCGGUCGAGUUCUCUUCGACGAGGGAACUCUAUUUCCGCCUCUGCGACUCCAUUCUCGUCGAUGGCGGCAGGCUGAGCUUUCAAUUGGAGAGAUCAACUGGACGUAAAUGCUACAUGAUAUGUCCAAGAAGCAUGAGAAUUAUAUGGGGUAACGAACCUCAAUAUUGGAGAUGGAUCUCUCUGCCCGAGUCAAGGAAUGUGCAUGACCCCUCUCUACUGGACGUGGUUUAUAUUGUCAUCACAAUACCUUUAUCAACAUGGAAGAUUGCUUUGCUUGGUAUCAGGUUCGCAGAAGUGGCUGUGCUUCUAGCUGUUUGUUGGUUUGAUAUUGGCGGCAGGAUUGACUGUCAACUACUCUCCCUUAGAACAACCUAUGCUGCUUAUCUCGUCUUCAAAUUCGCCUCUAGGUCAUUUGGACUGGGUCCCCCUCCUCAAUUGGCAUCAGUGAAGCUAGGAGCUUAUGCUUCGGAGAUCAAUGUCUGUUUGCAAGAUGAUGGUGACGGAAAUGAUGGUGACGAUCUGGAGGAACGGCGGCGACGGCGCUUGAGGGAUGAUGGGUGGAUGGAGAUCGAGUUGGGGGAGUUCUACAAUGAUGAAGGCAAUGGCGGUGAUGUUGAAAUGGGGUUGAUGCAGGUGAGAGCGUUGCAUUGGAAGAGUGGGCUUAUCGUCCAGGGCCUCGAAGUAAGGCCCAAAAUUUGACUUGCUUAAAUGCUGUUGUUGCUUCAUACUCUGAAAAUUAAAAAGUACUUGUUGUUGCGUCAGAUGCAUGUUGUAUAAUGUUAGUAGCUAUACCAAAACUAUUUCUGGUGGUCUUGUGGACAAUUUGAAUA